UUGGUGUUUUACGCUGGAAAGCAAAGAUCUUUGCUCUAAGAUCUUUGCUGGAAAGGAGGAGGAAGCGGAAAUAAAUCAGUCAGCUUUCUUGAAGCUGACAUCAAUACAGCAACUUCCGAUACUUGCAUUUGCCAUCGUUGGUUACAUUCAAAGCCGAAAACGUUAGAUUGUGUGGAAACAAAACACACACUGAAGGCCAAGGAAAGAAGGCAAGGGCAAGUCGUCGGCCAUUACUGAACAUCCAAGAUUAAAUAUUAUCUUUUGAUUUCUUUGAACAUUAUCAAUUACUGGAUUUCAGGAAUCUGCUAUUGCAGUUUUCAGUAAUAUGUGGCUGCAUGUUACUCAUCUCUUCCAAAACAUUGGGAGGAAUUGCACUCUACAAAUAAAUAAUUGGGUGAAAACUAAAAUGGGUUUUGCCAGGUACCACUUUAUGUUCCACAGCAGAAGCCUGGUUCUGACGCCAUGUGCAAGAAUUGAAGAAAAAAAUGUUAGCCCUGAUAAAAUAGAUUUAGAUAUUUGGAAGACGAUCAUGAAAGAAAAUGCAACUGAAACUCCUGACCCACUCUCCUCUGAAGACUCUGGAGACUCAUUCCUUGCUGCCACAAGAGAGCUAGUUCAAAUGUGGCAACUAGCUGGAAAGACAGUACCAGAGAACAUAACUGACGAACAGCUAAGAACAGUUCAAGAACUGGCUACUAAAUCUGCAAAGAAAAAGUUUCUUAAAUACUUGGCAAUCAAAGAGGGUAAAAAGAAAGCCAGAAAAGAAAAACAAAAAUUAAAGCAAGAAACAGCAAAUAUUUUGCAGAAAGAAGUUAAAAAUGAGGAAAGAGUCGAGUUAAAGAACACUUUUCUUUUACAAAUCUGGCAAAGGACUUUUGAUGUAAUGUACAGUUGGCGGACAGCUCAGUCGAUGGUGUUUGGCCAGUCACUGGUAUUUGAUAUGAGUUAUGAAAACUACAUGAACCGUCGAGAAAUGGAAAAUACUGUCUCGCAAUUAUUGGAAUGUGAAGGGUGCAACAGGAGAUCCUUGGACCCAUUUCACUUGCAUUUCUGUAACCUUGACUUACAUGGAGGCUAUUAUAAGGAGCUUUUGAAACGUUACGGAGAUGCUUGGGAUAACCUCUUAAUAACAGCAACGGAUAAGUCGUAUAUUGACAUUUUUCCCAAAGACAAGCUUGUGUAUUUAACUGCAGAUUCACCUUUUGUAUUGAACACAUUUCAGCAUGAUAAAGUCUACAUCAUUGGAUCCCUCGUUGAUAAGUCUCUUCAGACAGGACUGUCUCAUGCAAAUGCAAAGCGUUUGAAGUUGGCAACUGCACGUCUUCCUUUGGAUGAGUAUUUGAAGUGGAACUGUGGUGCAAAGAAUCUUACACUGAACCAAAUGAUCAACAUUUUGUUGACUGUGAAAGAAACAGGGAGCUGGCAAGAGGCCCUCAAAUAUGUUCCAACAAGGAAACAUGACGGAUUAUUAUCAGUUCCACCAGAACAGAGAUACUGGAGCAGAAUGAGAAAACAGAGGAAUAACUUUGAAGCAGAAAAGAGAGCCAGGUGGCAAAAGUCCACUUAAAAAUUCAAAUUAAAGUGCAGAAAUCGUUUCAAGUAGUCAUAAAAUAAAACAAUGGUGGAUAGAUGCAGAUGAAAGAUUCAGAAAAUAUUUUAAGUACUGAUUCAGUAACAAUAAAUAUUUGUUGUUACUUUGAUUUUUAUGUUGAAUUGCUAUAUUAAAUGAUAUAAAUAUAACAAUUAGCACAUUAGCCCCUUCAGUGUUCUGAUUAUAAAUCUUAAUUGUAAUGGAAAACAAAACAAUUCAUAUUACACACCCCUCUUCUUGAUGGAUCAAUGAGUUAAUUAGUAAAUAAUUGAAAAUUUCAGUUUUAUCUUUUGAUCAGUGAGCAUUAACUGAUGGUGCGACAGAGGUUCACCUGCACCUCCUCCAACCUCAUCUAUUGCAUCCGCUGCUCUAAUUGUCAACUGCUCUGCAUCGGUGAGACCAAGCGCAGGCUUGACGAUUGCUUCACCCAACAUCUCCGCACAGUUCGCAUUAACGAACCCGAUCUCCCGGUAGCUCAGCACUUCAACUCCCCCGCCCAUUCCGUAUCUGACCUUUCUGUGCUGGAGCUCCUCCAUGGCCAGAGUGAGUCCCACCGGAAAUUGGAGGAGCAGCACCUCAUAUUUCACUUGGGUAAUUUACCCCCCAGAAGUAUGAACAUUGCCUUCUCCAAUUUCAGGUAGUCCUUGAUUUCUCCCUCCUUCCCCUCCCCUUCCCAGCUCUCCCACAGCCCACUGUAUCCGCCUCUUCCUUUUUCUUCCCCCCCCCACAUCAGUCUGAACAAGGGUCUCGAACCGAACUGUCACCUAUUUCGCUUCAAAGAUGCUGCCUCACCCGCUGAGUUUCUUCAGCAUUUUUGUCUACCUUUGAUUUUUCCAGCAUCUGCAGUUCUUUCUUCAACAAUCAAUCAGUAUCAUGUUUUUUACCUUGCAACUCUUGCUGUUAAUGAAGAUAGGAUCAGGCUAGCUACAAUUGCCAAUUAUUCCAGUUGGCAUCCCAGUAAGGGUAGUAUUUGUUUGGUGUGGGAAUAAUUUGAAACGUGACCAUAGUGUCAAAUGUUUCAGAGGAGAAAAAACGAUUCCAGAAAAGUUAUUGGUGGAUAAAAUAACACGGCUUUUUUAAAUUGCAGUGAGUAAAUAUUCUCCAAAAUAGUUAAGGAAGGAGCAGGGAAGAAACGUCCUUAACGUCCUUCUAAAUGAAGAACACUAACAUAAGGCUUUUCAUUGUUGAUUGCUGCUCAAUGAUCACUAUUAAAAUUGCUUCAGUGUGAUCAUCAG